CGUCAAGCCAGUGUGUAUCGAGACGUGGGAGGGGGAGGACGUGCUGCCAUCGCUCCUCUUCGUCUCUCCCUUACCAGUGUUGUGUUCAUAAAGGGAGGUUAAGGAAAGGGUAAAAGGGGGUUUGAAAAGGGCGCUCCCCCCUCCCCUCCUCUCCCUCCCUUUCUUCUCCCUUCCCCAACCUGGACUUAUGCUCCCUGGCUGACGAAAGGGUGUGCGCGGCGGCGGCCCCGGGAGAUGCCCCGCCCCCGCCGCCCGUGACGCCGCCCGCCACGCUGCCUCCCCGGCGGGGGCGGCGCCCCGGGCAUGGUGAGGAGGUGCUGCGGCCCGCGGCACUGAUGCCACCAGGACCCCGCGACGCUUCUAUGCUCAAACACAUGCUGACCGUGGCGGGGCGACAGGCGGCGGGGGGCGGGGCGGCAACUCUGGAGGGGCGGCGCUCCCUGGGAGGCGGGGCCAGUCAAGGGCCGAGCGGGGCCACGCUGCCGGGCCUGCACCACCACCACCUCCACCUCCAGCAGCAGCAGCAGCAGCACCUGGCCUCGCCGCCGCCACAGCAGGUGCUCAGUGUCAAGGUGAACGGCGCGGCGGGCGGGCGCCACCACCCUGCCCUCAACAUGAGCUCCCUGUCCUCGUCCAAGCACUCGGUGGGCGGCAACUCGGGGUCGGGCAGCCCCGGCACCACCACGGUCACCCGCACCACGGGCCUCGACCACUCCCGCGACCACUCCCACCUGACGGACCUGUCGCACAUCUCCCACCUGUCGCCCAUCCCCCCCGCGGACGUGUCCAAGGCCACGCUGGCCAGCAAGCAGCGCGCCGCGGGGCUGCUGCCGCGCUUCAUCACCCUCACCCGCGCCUCGGCCUCGCGCGGCGCCCUCACCUCGCUGGGGCUGCUGUGCCUCACCUCGCUGCUGCUGGCGCUGCUGGCGCUCACCUUCCUGGUGGAGCUCACGCCGCUCGCCGCGGACGCCGACAGCGUGCAGGAGGUGACGCUGGCCCUGGCCGCCCUCACGCUGUCCCUGGACCUCAGCUGCCUCCUCAUCUGCGCCGCGCAGUUCAUCUUCGCCAUCAAGCUGGCCAAGUCCCCCAACGGCGAGGAGCGCAUGAGCAAGUACCUCAGGCAGUCCUCGGUGUCCCGCGUGUGUGCCGUGGGGGGGUUCUUCGUCUCCGUCCCUAUCUUCCUCACAGGCGUUAUCCUGUACACCUUCAUCCACUUCCAGUCCACGCCCGCCAUCCUCACCUCGGUCUUCAUCGGCGUGGGCAUCAUCUUCUGCGGGUGUGCCAUGAUCCACAAUGUCUUUAUAUGGCAAAAGGAGAAGACAAAGGGGGUGGCGCAGCAGAACAUCCAGCAGGCGGUGUGUCAGGACGGGAGGCUGCGGGACAUCAACUCCUCGCCUCUCCCCAACGCCACACUGGACCUCUCCGGCGUGGCCCCUCCGCAUGAGCUCUCAACGCUGGUCUGAGGAAGGACAAGCUCUACUCUGCUCCUCCGAUGUUGCUCACGGCAGUUACUCGUGGCUAGAACUUCCGUACGGGCUAUCAACGUUGGACUCACGGCAUUUACUCGUGGCUAGAACCUCCGUACGGGCUGUCAACGUUGGACUCACGGCAGAACUCGUGGCUACAACCUCCGUACGGGCUGUUAACGUUGGGCUCACGGCAGAACUCGUGGCUACAACCUCCGUACGGGCUGUUAACGUUGGACUCACGGCAUUUACUCGUGACUAGAACCUCCGUACGGGCUAUCAACGUUGGACUCACGGCAUUUACUCGUGCCUAGAACCUCCGUACGGGCUAUCAACGUUGGACUCACGGCAGAACUCGUGGCUAGAACCUCCGAACGUUGGUGUGAUGUCCCUCCAAGCUGUUCAAUCUUGCUCACGGUAGAACCCGCGGCCAGGACCUCCAUACGCCUGUCAACAUUGGUCUGAGUCUGCUGGUCAUGUUUCUGCCUCCGCCUCCUUCUCCUCCUAUUCCUCCUCCUCCCUAGUGAUUCGUACACCAGGGAAGGAAGGAAAGGGAGAUGCCUCGGGGAAAUGAAGGAAGGAAGGAAGGGAAGAAAACUUGGAAGACGAAAUGAAGGAAGAGAAGGAAGGGAAGAAAACUUGGAAGACGAAAUGAAGGAAGAGAAGGAAGGGAAGAAAACUUGGAAGACAAAAUAAAGGAAGGAAGAAAGGAAGGGAAGAUAACUUGGAAGACGAAAUGAAGGAAGAGAAGGAAGGGAAGAAAACUUGGAAGACGAAAUGAAGGAAGGGAAGAAAACUUGGAAGACGAAAUGAAGGAAGGAAGGGAAGAAAACUUGGAAGACGAAAUGAAGGAAGGAAGGAAGAAAACUUGGAAGACGAAAUGAAGGAAGGAAGGAAGGGAAGAAAACUUGGAAGACGAAAUGAAGGAAGGAAGGAAGGGAAGAAAACUUGGAAGACGAAAUGAAGGAAGGAAGGAAGGGAAGAAAACUUGGAAGACAAAAGGAAGGAAGGAAGGGAAGGAAAGAAAACUUGGAAGUCAAAAUGAAGGAAGGAAGGGAAGGAAAGAAAACUUGGAAGACAAAAUGAAGGAAGGAAGGAUUGAAAGCGAACAACAGAGGAGAGAGAGGAAAAAAGAAUAGAUACGAGAGGGAAAGAGAAGAGAAGGAGAAAAAACGGAUGGCGAGCGAUCAGGCGAAGAAGAAGAAGAAGAUGGAGGAAGAAAAAGGAAAAUGAGGAAGGCGAGGAUGAUCACGUGACUCGAGUUGACGAUGAAAAGCAAAAAGAAAAAAAUAUGAAACAAAUAGAUUAAUAAAACAAAUGACGGUGAACGAAAGUGGACAUUAACGAGGAUAUAUACUUUGUGAAAAAAUGGAACGAUAUACGAAAUACUUGACUCCCGAUUAUCCAAAGAAUGCAGGAAAAUAAAAUAGGUGAGUAAUGAACGCUAGACAAUUGUAGCUGAUGAAUGAAUGUAUGUAAGUGAAUUAGGAAAAAAUGAAGAAAAAUAACUGUAGUAGAUAACGGUGAGGAAAAUUAAUAUAAGUGGAGAAAAUUAAUAUAACUGAAGACACGUUGAAAAAAAUUAAUAUAAGUGAAAAAGACAAUGAAGAAAACUUAUAUAAGUGAAGAAACUAUGAAGAAAAUUAAUAUAAGUGAAAAAGACAAUGAAGAAAACUAAUGUAAGUGAAGAAACUAUGAAGAAAAUUAAUAUAAGUGAAAAAGACAAUGAAGAAAACUGAUAUAAGUGAAGAAACUAUGAAGAAAAUUAAUAUAAGUGAAAAAGACAAUGAAGAAAACUGAUAUAAGUGAAGAAACUUUGAAGAAAAUUAAUAUAAGUGAAAAAGACAAUGAAGAAAACUAAUAUAAGUGAAGAAACGAUGAAGAAAAUUAAUAUAAGUGAAGAAAAGUGAAUAUGAGUGAAGAAAAUCAUCAACGAAAUGAAUAUAGGUGAAGACACAAAGAAGAAAAUGAAUAUGAGUAAUGAAAACAAUGAAGAAAAUGAAUAGAAGUGGAAAAAAUGAAGAAAAUAACUAUAACUGAAGAAAAAUUAAGAAAAUUAAUAGAAGUGAAGAAACAAUGAAAAAGAAAAUGAAUACAAGUGAAGAAACAAAGAAGAAAAUAACAAUAAUAAAUGACAAUGAAGAAAAUAAGUGAAGAAAAAAGAGAAAAAAAUACAAGUGAAGAAAAUGAACGUAAAUGACAACACACACUUUUUUUUCUUCUUAUGAUCCAAAGAUACCGUAAAAAAACGACAAGACAGAACAAAAAAACAAAACAAAGAAGAAAACAAACAAACACCAAGGCACUGAGAACAAACAAACAAACAAACAAACAAACAGGGAUCGAGGAGGAGGCGAAGUGAAGUAAGAAAAAAAGAAAAGAAGAAAAAUAACAUUGUUGCUCAGUGUAUGUGUGUGUGUGUGUGUGUGUGUGUGUGUGUGUGUGUGUGUGUGUGUGUGUGUUUAGUGACAUAUGAAGUGUCUCUUAUUUUUAAACCUCAUAGGAAGACGAACUGAAGGAAAGGAACAAUGAUGAAACGCGUGUGUGUGUGUGCGUGUGUGUGUGUGUGUGUGUGUGUGUGUGUGUGUGUGUGUGUGUGUGUGUGUGUGUGUGUGUGUGUAUACCAUAUGUGUCUGUUUCCGGAAAGUGGGUCAUUUUUAGCACCAAAGGUUAAACAUUUAUAACUGCCAGUCCAUCAUAUCAUACUCUUACCCGUGCACCAAGGAGAGAGAGAGAGAGAGAGAGAGCGGAAUGAAUGUAUGAAUGAAUGAAUUGGAAUGAAAAGCAAGAUGAAUAAGAGAGAGAAAGAGCGGAAUGAAAUGUAUGAAUGAAUGAAUUGGAAUGAAAAAGAAGAUGAAUAAGAGAGAGAGAGAGAGAGAGAGAGAGAGAGAGAGAGAGAGAGAGAGAGAGAGAGAGAGAGAGAGAGAGAGAGAGA